AUGGACACGAUCCGUCAGUACCAGAUCUUCAUCCAGAUCCUCGAGAGCGGGAAUUUCACCCGCGCCGCCGAGGCUCUAGGUCUGCCGCGCUCCACGGUCUCGACCACCUUGCGCACCCUGGAGGACCGACUGGGCGAGCAAUUGCUCCACCGCACGACCCGGCAGGUCAGCGCCACGCCGCAAGGCGAACAAUUCCUGCAGCUUGCCCGCGAUGUAGUGGAGAACGCCGAAGCGGCGGAAACCCUGUUCCAGGGCGGCGGCGGGCCGGUCAGCGGCCGGUUGCGGGUGAAUAUGACCAGCCAGCUCGCCUCCCGGCUGGUCAUCCCCAACUUGCCCGGGCUUCAGACCGCCCACCCUGCGCUCGAGAUUGAGCUGAGCGCCAGCGAUCGCCUGAUCGACCCCGUUCUGGAAGGCAUGGAUCUGGUGGUGCGGGCGGCGGAACUGACCGAUUCAGACCUGAUCUGCCGCAAGAUCGGCGACAUUCCGAUGGUGAGCUGCGCCUCUCGCGCCUAUCUCGACCAGCGCGGCGCCCCGACAAGCCCGGAGGAUCUCGAUCAGCAUCUGAUCGUGGCCUAUGGACCGUCAGGCAGCGCCGAGGCCCGCCUCUGGGAAGGGCUUGGCCCAAGCGGGCUCGUCACCUGCACGCUUGCGAGCGUUAUUGCGGUCGACAAUACAGAGGCCUAUACGAGCGCCUCGCAGGCCGGGCUCGGCAUCGUGCAAAUCCCGCGCAUCCAUCUGGACAGGCACAAUACGGACGGCCCCACACAACUGGUGGAAAUCCUGCCCGAUUGUCCGCCGCCGCCCAUGCCGCUCUCUUUUGUCUAUCCCAGACGCCGCCGUCCGGCUUCAGACGGAUCUGACCCCACAAAAGGCGGAUCCGGAAAUUGCUUCGAGAUCGACAACAAAACGGGGGGCGAUAUGAUCAUUUUCGGGCCGAUUACACUUUUCCUCAUUCUUUUCAUUGUGCUGGUCCUUGCUGGACGCGGCGCGUUUGAAAAGAAAAUUCGCCUGGAAUUUGACGCUUUUGAAUCGCGCUACAUGCGCGAGAAUAACAAGCCUCUGCCCUAUUCCUUCGCGGAGUUCUGGCAAUUCACCUCGAAAUACAUGCAGCGCUUCCGGGUCAUGCGGGCGCUGGCCGAGCUCUUCUUCCUGAGCCCUCUGGUCUUCUUCUGGCUGUCGCAUGAAGCCGGCAAAGGCUGGGAUCGCAAUGAAACGCUGGAGAUGAUUUAUAUGGCCCUGGCCUUCAUCUUCCUGGCCCUGGGGUUCGUGGGCUCGUUCUGGGUUGAUCGCAAAUUCGGCAAGCGCAAAUUCGAGCAGCUGGUCGCAAAUUUCGAGUCCACAGUCAUCAACAAGGGCUAG